UGUACAUUUGCAUUUAUUUAAUAUCAAGAUUAUAAAUACUUAUAGCUUUUUUUAUUGAUCUUAUGAAACUCAUAUGAACAUGUAUUAAUUUAUUCUUCAGUUUCAAGCAAUAGUGAACUACUUAGUUCAGUUAAAUUUUGUUAUUAUAUAUAUAUAUAUAUGUAUAUAUAUAUAAAACUUUGUUAUGGUAUAUAUCCAUUUUCUUAGAGUAUGUCUUCAAAAAUCAUGAAUGCCAUGAAUGCAAUGGACUGGAAUAUAAAACAACAAUGUUUGAAUAGCACAUUGUCAUUAACAGAUGUACGAAAAAAAUUAUUUCCUACGAGUAAACUUGAUCGUACACUAGUGUUAAGUGAAAACAAAUAUACAGCAAAAACAUUGGUAGGUAAUUGGUUUGAACGCAGAGCAAGUGAUAUAAGACAACCUGAUGAUUGGAGAACUUUAUAUGAGCUAGACUAUAAGCUUCAUGUUAAUAAAACUUGGAAAAUAAAUCAAAUUACAAAAUGGGAAAAUAAACUUAUUCAAGAGGGUUUACCAUCAGAACAAUUUUUUGAUCAUAAAAGGGAAUAUUAUAGUAACAUGACCACAACUUAUGAUUUGUGUUAUAACAUUUUACCAAAAGAUCUCAAAGAACCUAACAUUAGAUCAUAUAAUGCAAGACAGAGGAAAUGGGUUCCUGAACAAGAGUUAACGAUAAGUUUUGGUACAUUAACUCAAUUUGGCUUAAAAGAUGCAAUAAAAGAAGAAUUAUACAAGAAUUCAGAGGAAGGUAUAGCCAAAUGUCGAUGGUGGUCUACUUAUAGGGAAGAAAUUGGAAAAUUACAGCCAUUAAAUAUUGAACGAAAUACUCAAUUUCACAGACGAAAAGUAAAUUUUAAUGUACCAGAUCUUACACGUUUCGAAUUAUCCGAUUCUGAACACUGCUCACUUCCAAUGAAAAUUAAAAAUUCAAUGUCAUACAAAAUAUAGGAAAGAAAUAAUAUAAAAUAUAU